ACCGCGUCCAUCUUCAGUCUCUGUACCGGAGUCCGCAGUGAGAGAUGGGCGCAGUUCUGGGUCUUUGUUCUCUGGCGAGCUGGGUCCCGUGCCUGUGUGGCAGCGCCCCGUGCCUGCUGUGCCGAUGCUGCCCCAGCGGGAACAACUCCACCGUCACCCGCCUCAUCUAUUCCUUCUUUCUGCUGCUGGGAGUGGGCAUCGCCGCCAUCAUGCUCAUGCCUGGCAUGGAGGGGCAGCUGAAGAAGAUUCCAGGAUUCUGUGAGGGAGGGAUGGGUUCGUCUGUCCCGGGGGUGCAGGGCCACGUAAACUGUGACGUGCUGGUGGGGUAUAAGGCUGUGUAUCGCGUGUGCUUCGGCAUGGCCAUGUUCUUCCUCCUCUUCUCUCUCAUGAUGAUCAAGGUGAAGAGUAGCCAGGAUCCUCGAGCUGUGGUGCAUAACGGGUUUUGGUUUUUUAAGUUCGCUGCUGCUACUGCUAUUACAGUCGGUGCGUUCUUCAUCCCCGAGGGCCCUUUUACAACCGUGUGGUUCUAUGUCGGGAUGGCUGGAGCGUUUUGUUUCAUUCUGAUUCAGCUGGUGCUUCUGAUCGACUUUGCUCACUCCUGGAAUGAGUCCUGGGUGGAGAAGAUGGAGGAGGGGAACUCACGCUGCUGGUACGCAGCUCUUCUCAGUGCCACGGCGGUGAACUACGCCAUGUCCCUGGUGUGUGUGGUGAUGUUCUACGUGUACUACACCCACACUGACGGCUGCGCUGAGAACAAAGCCUUCAUCAGCAUCAACAUGCUGCUGUGUGUGGGAGCCUCCGUCCUGUCUGUGUUACCCAAGAUUCAGGAAUCUCAGCCGAGGUCCGGACUCCUGCAGUCGUCUGUGGUCACCCUGUACACCAUGUACCUGACCUGGUCCGCCAUGACCAACGAGCCUGACCGUAAAUGCAACCCGAGCCUGCUGGGCAUUAUCGGCUUGAACAGCACCAGCCCGGCCACCCAGGGCCAAGUGGUGCAGUGGUGGGAUGCUCAGGGCAUUGUGGGAUUGAUCCUGUUUCUGAUGUGUGUUCUGUACUCGAGCAUCCGCAACUCCAACAAUUCCCAAGUGAACAAGCUGACGCUGACCACCGACGAGUCGGCUCUGAUCGAGGACGGCCCCGCCCCGGACAACUUCAACGACGCAGACAGUUCAAACAGGGCGGUGGAUAACGAGAAGGACGGGGUCACGUACAGCUACUCUUUCUUCCACUUCAUGCUCUUCCUGGCUUCUCUCUACAUCAUGAUGACUCUCACCAACUGGUACAGCCCCGACUCCAACUAUGAAGUGAUGACCAGUAAGUGGCCGUCCGUGUGGGUGAAGAUCUCGUCCAGCUGGAUCUGCAUCUCUCUGUACGUCUGGACCCUGGUCGCUCCGCUCGUCCUCACCAACCGUGACUUUGACUGAUGAGCCUGAAGAGGGAUUGAACCUCGCCCCUCGCCCCUCAGUGUUAUGAAUAUGUGUGUGUGUGUGUGUUUCAGACCGGGGCGGGUGAUCGGUGAUUGUAAAUAGCUGUAUUAGGCCGUGCAUUCCGCUAUUAUUAGCUCUGUUCAGGUUUUACUGCAUGUGAUGAUGUGAUAUUUAUUUGUGGUGAUAAUAGAAUUAUUAUAAAGAUAAAUAAAUAAAACUGUACUGUUACAUUAGCCAGAAGAUUUGUGAAGCUCUGUGGUUCCUGCACUUCAUUUAGUUCAUUCCUGUAAAAUGAGCAGAAUUAAUCCAGUAUUGCUGAUUGGUGCUUUUUCAUUUUUAAUAUUUAUUAUUUAUGAAAGCACAUGGAUAUGAGAUGUGUGAUGUUUCAGGAACAUGCUACUGUAGGUUGGUUUGAUGCAUGCCGAUGAUUCCAGGCCUUUAGUUAGGACUGUAUAUGUUACAGUGCUAAGACUUAUUUGCAACUUGCACAGGUUAGUUUAGUUUAGAAAUGUUUUGCAUUGAUUUAACCUCACCUGUGACCUCAUGGCACUGUUAGAUGUUUUUAUUUGCUUUUACACCUUUAUAUCAUGUAGUCGUGAGUUCCCAUCCCGCUGGAGUUCACUGUAGUAGCUGCUGUUAGUACUGGACUGAUAACUGAUGCUUGUGUGGUUAUUGUACUAGUGCCAUGUAAUCACGUCUUACUGAUUAAAGGUUUAAAACCCAA